AGAAAAGCAGGAAACCCAAGAGUGUCACCCGCCAAAUUUGAUACUAAACAAACUCGGCCCCCAUUUAAUCCGACAAACGAUGAAGAAUUUGGACUUUUCCACAUAACAGCGGAUUGUUCAAGAACGUCAACAAUGAAUGUAAUUGGAAAGGGAUGUGGCGAUUUAAACCAGUUUGCUGGCAGUGGUGAUAGCGAUUCAAUCAAAGUCUUCGUCCGAGUACGACCGCUCACCAAGGGCACGGGACUAACCACGGAUGGCGAUCAGAGCUUGUGUCUCAAAGUCACCUCACACAACACCUUACGUCUGCUUGCCAAACCGGAGCCGAGAACCUUCACUUACGAUCAUGUUGCUGACAUGGACACAUCACAGGACUCCGUUUUCUCUUCUGUGGCCAAGAAUAUUGUGGAGUCUUGCAUGAAUGGAUACAAUGGAACCAUUUUUGCCUACGGCCAAACUGGAUCAGGAAAAACGUUCACAAUGCUAGGACCUUCUGAGUUGGACAACUUUACAGAUGAACUUCGGGGUGUUAUUCCUCGCAGUUUCGAGUACCUGUUCUUUCUCAUCAACAGAGAAGUGUCUCGGUCCAAAACCUUUCUUUGCAAAUGUUCAUUCAUCGAGAUUUACAAUGAACAAAUCUUUGACCUCCUGGACACGGCCUCCGCCAGCCUCUUUGUCAGAGAGAACAUCAAGAAGGGUGUGUUUGUAGAGGGGGCGGUGGAGAAGUUUGUCAGCUCUGCUGCUGAAGCGUACCAGGUGUUGUCUCGAGGCUGGCGUAAUCGCAGAGUUGCCUCCACUUCCAUGAACCGCGAAUCUUCCAGAUCUCAUGCUGUGUUCACCAUGACUCUGGAGUCCAAGGAAUCCAUCAAUGAGGUGGUGAACAUUCGAAUGUCUCAGCUGAACCUGGUUGAUCUGGCUGGCUCGGAGAGGCAGAGAGACACACACACCGAAGGCUCCAGGCUCAAGGAGGCCAGCAGUAUCAAUCGCUCCCUCAUGUGCCUUGGUCAGGUGAUCAUGGCUUUGGUCGAUGUGUCCAAUGGGAAGAACCGCCAUAUUUGUUAUAGAGAUUCCAAACUAACCUUCCUGCUACGGGACUCUCUUGGGGGAAACGCAAAGACUUACAUCAUAGCCAAUGUUCACCCUGGAUCUAAAUGUUUUGGUGAGACAUUAUCCACGUUACAGUUUGCCCAGAGAGCAAAGCUGAUCAAAAACAAGGCUAUUGUCAAUGAAGACACGCAAGGAAAUGUGAAACAGCUUCAGGCGGAGCUGAAGAAACUGAAGGAGCAGCUUGUGCAGGCUCUCUCGUCUCAGCAAGUGGAUUUUGUAAAAGAUGUGGCGCCAGGAGGACCAGGGCUCCCCAUCUCAAAGCCGUCCAUGCAUACCGAACUUGUCUCCUUGUACAAAGCCAAGUUCAUGGCUGCUGUCCGUUUGUGGAAAAAAGGAGAGGAAGAGAAGACGGUUCUGCUGAAAAAGGCAUCUCAGCUGGAGCAGGCUUGGACUCAGAAGGACAAGUUCAUCCACUCCAGUCGCCUGAUCAUCAAAUUCCGGGAGGAUCAUAUCAGUCGCCUGGAGAAAAAACUCAAGGCGGAAUGUGGCAUGCUUGCUGAUGUGGAGUCGCAGGUUCUCAUUGACCAGCUAAAAGAAGAGAUUAGUGUAUUACGAGAGCAGAUUGAACAUCACCCCAAGAUGACUCGCUAUGCAGCAGAGAACUACAGCCUCAGAGAGGAGAAUCGUCAGCUUCGUUCCCUUGAGUCCGUGAUGAAAGCCGAAGAGGAAGCAGCACAAGUUACGCAAGAGCUCGAAGAAGAUUUCCAAAGGGCCGUCGAGGCGGAGAAGAAUGCCGAAACUCUAGGCGGUGCUUCAACUUCCUUGGCUACAAAUGCGCUUGGUACAGCUGCAGUGGAGAAGCUGAAAGCUCAGAUGCUUCAGAAACAAUCUGACCUCACAGCGGUUUUGCACGCUUUUGAGGAGUACAAGGAAAUCACAAAGAAGCAGAUGUCUCAGUUGGAGUCGGACAAACGCUACCUUGAGAAGUCUAACAGGCAUCUGGAGAACAUCUUGGAAGCCACAAAUGCCUACAAAAAACAAGAAGUCUCCGAAUUGAACAGAAUUCAUGUUGAAACUUUAAAGAUUCUGACAACACCCACCAAAGCAUACAACUUGCGCUCCUGUCUCGUACCACUGUCCAGCCCAGAACACUUGAAUGGUAGCAUCAACAAUGUCGAUGAUCAUUUGGCCGAGUCACCCCGUUCAGAAACGACGGAGAUGGCCUUGACUGAAGAAUUGCGUCAAGUCCAGGAGCAAGCGAGUCAGGUUCGGUCCCAGCUGGGGGAGGAGGAGCUCAAAAACAGCAAGCUGAUGCAGCAAAUUGUGAAACUCGAAGAGCAGAUUCACGUCAUGUCACAGGAGUGUGGAGAAAAGGAGGAGCAACUGUCAGCUGAGCGCGCUAGCAAGAAAAGUGAUCAUCUCAAACUCCAGGAGACAAUCACCAGCCUUCAACAAAAGUAUCAGCGUGAACAGGAAACUGCAGAAGUAUUGAGAAGUGAGAUUCAGGACCUGAGGUUGGUGCUUCAGUCGUCUGACAAGGAGCUGGCCGCUGUGAAGGUGGAGCUAAGAGACAAGCAAAAUAUACAGCAGAAAGAGACAAGCCAGCUCUCCAGCAGUCUGAUCACCACGCAGCUCCAACUCGACAAAGUCCAGCUGGAUUGGGAGGAGCUUCUGGAGCAGCAUCGCACUCUGCGGGAUUCUUUUGAGCAGCUGCAAGCCGAGGCAAAGUUUGAGGCUGAUCUAGCGAGACAGCAGAUGCAGGACGGGCAGCAGGAGAUCAGCAAACUGAGGGCUCACGUUGCCGAAUUAAACAACUCUCUCGAAACAGAGCAAGAGAACACAAGCACCCUGACCUACCAGUUAAGAGAGAACAGAGAAAAUACAUCCAAAGAACUUAAUGAAACGGCUGAGGAGAACACACGACUGAGCAAGCAAGUCUCAGACAUGACUGUUCAAAUCCAUCAGCGGGUCAUCAAACUUGAUCAUCUUGAGCAAAAGCUGCGCACUGCCGAUGAAACCAUAAAAGGCCUGGAGCAGAAGGUUGAACAGGACAAAGAUGUUGUUCUGGAUCUGAUCAACCAAACCAGAGACCUCCGCAGUGAGCUUAAUCAUAAGGAACAAAGCAUUGCACAUCUGUCGGGAGACAUCAGCGAUAUCACUGCUAAGUGCAACGCUGCCUGCUUGGAAAAGAAAGACGUCGCGGAGCAAAAUACCAAUUUGCAAGCAGAAAUCACAGAACUGAAAGAAUCUUUAGAGAGAAGUCAAGCAUCUAGUAAGAUUGAGGUCGAAGUACUGCAGGAUGAAAUCGCUUACGCAAAUGAGGAGGUUGAUAGACUUGCAAAGGUUUUAGAUGAGCACAACAACCUCCUUCAAGCUGCUCAAGAGCAAGCCGCUCAGAAAGACAUUGUGAUCCAGAAUCUCCAGCAGAAGGUGCAACAGCAGCACGAAGCUGUGGAAAAAACAAUAAGAAAUGAAGCUCUCAAACAUGGCGAGUCAACUUGCACUCCCAAAGCAAUACCAAAGACCCCCAGCACCCCGGGAAGUUUUAACCGGGACCUGACCCAGAUUCUCGAGAGCCAGGAGAGGGAACUGGAGAAUCGACGGUCUUCUAUGAUGACCAUGGAAAUUCUCUUGGCUGAGCUUAAUGCUGAAAGAGCUGCCAAGAAUGAGGAGAUCCAACGGCUCAAGACCCAGCUGACGGAAAAAGAGUUGGUCCGCAUGGAGAUUCAGGGCUUGCUCGACCAGUUUUAUACCAAAAAACCUCAGGGUGGAAAUACAAACAGUGAGGAGCUCAUUGAUGGCAUCAAGCAGUCUCUUCUUAAAGAUCUGCAAGAAGAACGAGAAAAGAAGGAAAAAGUGAUGCAAAGGCUUUCUGACACGCAAAAAAAGAUGCAAGCCCAGGAUUCCAUGUUGGCCCAGUCUCAGACUUGUGUCCAGGAGUUGACCGCAGAACUGAGAAACCGUUGCCUUGAACUGAGAGAGCUGAGCCAAAGGGUACAGGAUGAGGACAAGCUCCUCAAGGAGAAUGAGGUUCUCCGUAAACAGAAUGUUCAGCUGUCUGAGGAGAAUGGAAAACUGGUGGGACACAAGAACCACAAACAGAGGAUUGAAUACUUGGUCAAGUUAAAGAAGGACAACACCAGACUACAGGCGGAAAACGAAAAGCUUCGAUCCGAGGUGAGCUUAAUGCAAGACAACAAUGGACCUUUGCUGUGAUGUUGCCAAUACAUGACUGUAACAAUUUUCAGUGGACAGUUCUCAAAUCUUUUUUUAAAUAGUAUUUUUUUAUGUUUUAGAUUUUUGUCAAUUUGAUAGUAACAUUGACAUCAUUUGGGCAUUAUGCACGUUAAAGUGAAAUAAAACAUAAUUCUAUUUUA